GUGAAAACCUAGGUGAGAACUAGAUCUAGGCUUAUCCGGCUAGAUCUAGGUGCAGUUGGCCUCAUUUGGUUACACCCAGGUGUAGCCUACUUGUCAUGAGUUAGACCUUAGGUUUAGCCGUUAUAAUUCCGGCAAAAACUUGGUGUAACCUGCUUAUUUUGGGCUAGGAUGUACCUAUAUAGACCUUAGUUUAAGUGUUACCGCUCUCAGUUGCCGAUCUCAGAUAUAACCACUAGUGGCCGGAUGCAUCUGGGUCUACUCUGAAGAAAACGGUUACACCUAGGUAGAUAAGCUGGCUGCACCUAGAUCUAGCCGGAUAUAUAUGUACAAUAUUUUAUAUGUGUUGAAAAGCGCCGUAGUUUAAGAAAUACUACUUAACAACUAAGAUUAAAUGUGCACUUAUAUUUUAGCUAUCAACAUAAUUAUUUAUUAAUAAUAAAUAAGCAAUGAUUCAAGGCUGGCCUCGCAAGGAAAUUUAUAAAAAGUCUUACCGUUUGCAACACGAAUAUAUGAUUACCGGACCAGUGUAUCAUCUGCGAUAUAACGAAAUUUUAAUUAUAAUUAAAUAAAAAAAGCUAUCGACAAACAACAAUAUGAGAAAUCUUGCAUCCGUAAUUUUGAUUGUUGCUUUCAUCAGCUCUCAGAAAGUAAACGUCAUGGCACAAUUUGGUUUAUUAGGGCGACUAAUGGGGCCCAGACUACCACCAAUCGUGAUGGCACCCCCAAUGAUGCGACCCCCAGUAGUAUAUGCAACACCUCCCCCGCCAGUGGUCGUUGCACCCCCGGCGGCCCGCCCCGCCGCGUUCCCGCCAGCGAUUGUCAACGUUGUUUCUGAUUCUGACCGUGCCAGGGUGGACGCACCACCCGGAGCCGUUGUAAAUUCAGUAUAACACCUCAUGUGAUAUUCCUGGGUUUAUAACGCCGCCCCUCAUAAUUGAAAAGACUUAUUUAAUAUUUAUUUUCAACAAAAAAAAAGAAGAUUACAAAAUUAUUUUAUCAAAUUUGUGUAAUAUAAAUAAUAUUACAAAUGUACAUUAUUAUAAAAUGUAAUUAAUAUACUUAGGUCUUAGAUAUUAUUACACAAUUUUGAAAAAAAAGACAAAAUGUACUUUAAUAAAACAUUAUUUCUGAAAAAAAAUGUCGGUGGCAGAAGUAAUUAACCCAGCAUGGUUAAUUUUUGUACCAAAGUUCGUAAUUCGUCGUGUAAUUUUUUGGUGAAAGAAUGACAAAUGUUUUUGGCCAAGUGUUUCAGAGUUAAUAUUAGAAAAAAAAACAAGAAAUAGAAUUACACGCAAAAAUACGAUACGGAUUUUUAAAAAUAAUAUAA